CAGAAACUGCGAGAAGUUAAAAUGUGUGCCUGAACGGCUUCGAUUAGAGCGACAUGUAUCCGAAUGUCAUAGCGCAACCCGUUUAUCCAACAUUACUAAGAUGUCCGAUCGCCACAGUGUCCCUUCCAGCAACCAUUCAACCACCGUCUUCCCUUUCUCCGUCUGGGUCGCCUCCUUCAAACAACUCUUUUUUGGUGGAAAACCUUUUAAGGGACCGUGCCGCCGUUGCUGCUGUCGUAGGUCACCACGGGCCGUUUCUCGCUCGUCCCGUACCGUUAUGUCCUUGCACGGGAGGCAGCUUAGACAUCUCGUGCUCAGCGUGCACAGGUUACACCACGUGCUCAAACAUCGGCACAGAAUCUCUGUCGUCAGUAAAACGUUUUGAAACACUUUCGUCAGAUAAUAAACGCAAUGAUCCACAGCAGUUAAAGUUUGGUGUCAGCGCUAUAUUAUCUCCCACUACAGAGAAAAUUGUUACCAGUCGGUCCAUUCUAUCAACAGGUUCCUACACAACAUCCCUUUCAGGCUAUAACUACACAUCCGCAAUGGUAGCUAAACCCGUACCCCGUUCCUUCUUGGAUUCGCCAUUACAGUCUCUAAUAGCGUGCAGAGCUCAAUAUUUCACGGGUGUGUCACCUGUUAACGGAGUCAAUGGUCUUCAUACCAUUAAUGGUAUUACAGGGAUUUCUUCCGGCUCUGGUGUCUCCUUUCCUCUUCCGGCGACAUUUCCUUGGGCUACGGCUCGUGGUAAGCCCCGACGAGGUAUGAUGAGACGAGCUGUCUUCUCGGACGCUCAGCGUCAAGGGCUAGAGAAAAGAUUCCAGAUUCAGAAAUAUAUAAGCAAACCCGACAGGAAGAAACUGGCUGAAAAGCUGGGACUCAAAGACUCUCAGGUAAAAAUAUGGUUCCAAAACCGACGAAUGAAGUGGAGGAAUUCCAAAGAACGUGAAUUGCUAUCCUCAGGAGGAUCACGUGAACAAACCUUGCCUACAAAAACUAACCCUCAUCCAGAUCUUAGUGACGUAAGAAUUGAACAGAAAAACUCUUCCUUUGAAGAUGAGGUCAUAGAUAAAAGUGGCGAAUUUCUUCCCUCUAGUGGGCAGACUAGAGGAUCAGCAGGCCCAGACGAGAGUAAUGAAUCUGACAUGGAGUCGACGGCGGGAAGCCCCCGAGGGUGUGAGAUGGACAAUGUAGAUGUGUUAUAAAAAUCUUAAAAAGGAUAAAAAUAUUUAAGGGAAGUAAUUCUUUAAUAGAGUAAAAAAAGACAGUGAGUUAUAAGAGUUCAGUUUAUGUCGUGAGUCAUCUGAUAUAGAAAAGGACAUACACCAUUUCGUUUUUCCGAGUAUCCGAAAUGGAAUAGAGACUGAGAAAUCAAAAAGAAAAAUCUGAAAACCAGUCAGAAACUAAGAGUGACAUGAUAUACAUAUUAUGCAUGACAGUGAAGCUGCUGCUAAGGCAACCAUGACCAACAAAAAGCA